UAAGUCUCGGACAGUGACUGUUGUUUUUCCAAGUUGUUACAGCAAAGAGUCGACAAAUUUGUUGUGUUGAACACUUUACUUCUAGUUAAUUAUAAAAUCUGUUUGUUAUUUAUUAAAUAUUAAUCUAAAAACACAAGAUGGAGCUUUCUGCUGAAGGUAAAACUCCCGAAUACAUGGAAUUGGCCGGAAUUAAGUUCAAGCUUAGUUUGCCCCAGCUGAAAGAUGAUAAGCAGCUGAAAGAACAGCUUUUACAAGGGAUCAAGAACGGAAACAUGGCUCCUUAUUAUAAAGAGGUUUGUAACGACCUAGGAUGGCGCUUCGAUCAGAAAUUAUACGAUCAAAUGGCCAAGGAAAACCAGGACAGGUUAGGCAAGUUUCAAGAAGACGAUUCAGAGACUCCUGUCUGGCAAGAUAGGUUGGACUAUCUAUGUUCGAUAGGUGACAAGGAGGGAGCGACUGCACUGGCUACUACAAAGUAUGAAGAUGCCACAUUGACUACCAACAGGCGUUUAGAUGCUGUCUUUGCUUUGUUUAGGAUUGCCUACUUCCACGGCUGCAAUGUUAAAGAAAUGGGGAAGAACAUCAACAAGGCACAUGAAUUAGUUGACAAGGGUGGUGACUGGCGCUCCAGGAACAAGCUGAAGGCAUAUGAAGCUAUCUAUUGUCUCGCUGUCAGAGAUUACAGCAAAGCAGCUGAUCUGUUCAUUGAUUGUGUGUCAACAUUUGAAUCAUAUGAAUUGGUUGACUUUGGCACCAUCAUCCAGUACUGUGUGCUGGCGUGUGCCCUGGCCCUGGAGCGUCACGCGCUGCAGUCGGCCCUGCGGCGUCAGGGCGCGGCCGUGCAGGCGCUGCGCUCCCGCUUCCCAGAGCUCAGGGAACUUGUGGAAUCUCUUCAUGAGUGCCGUUAUGCUGACUUCUUGAAGAGCCUUGCAUGGGUAGAGACUCAGAUCUGCGUAGACCCAGUGUUCCGGCCUCACUACCAGCACUACGUGCGCGAGGCCCGCAUCAAGGCGUACGUGCAGCUGCUGCGCGCCUACCGCUCGCUCAGCCUCGACAACAUUGCUGAUACCUUCGGCGUGUCCCGGGAGUUUGUUGAGGAAGAGAUCUCCAACUUCACAGCCGCGGGUCGCCUGCAAUGCCGUAUCGACGCGGUGGCGGGCUGCGUGGUGACGGGCGCGGGCCGCGGGGCCGACGCCGACCGCUCGCAGCUGUACCAGGCCACCAUACGCGAAGGAGACUUACUGCUCAACCGCGUCAAGAAACUAGCCAGUGUUAUCAACUUUUAACUUUUAUGUGCGCUUGGUAAUAUAAUAUAAUGUUUUAGUAUU